CACCUGAGGCAAGAUGUGAUUCCAAUUCAAAAGAACUUAGUCCAAAGUCUAUUAACCUACCAAUAGCUUCCACACCAAAAGGUCACAGAAAAUGUGUUAUCUGUAGGAAGCCUCAUAAUGAAAGGAAUCGUCUUGUAGUCGUUCCCAAUGCAGGUAUUACACAAGCUUUUUUAGAAACCGGCAUUUUCAUCAAUGAUGACAGCAAAUGCUGUAAGACACAUCUAGAGGAUGGCUACCUCAGCAAAGCGGCUCUGUCAUUACUUACAACAACCAAAAAUGAAGAGCAGUUGUCACGAUCUGAUAUAUGCAAGCUUUUAUCUGACCUAAGAGAUACUAUCAAAUCUUCAACAUACCUGAACUUUGAUGUACCAUCGCUUUUAAGUGAAGAGGACUAUUCAAACCUCACUGGAUUAAAGAAGGAACAAUUUUCUGAACUGGUUAUUGAAUUAAAGAACUUGAAUAACAACUUCAGCCGCUCAAAAAGAACAUGUCUCGCUGUAUUCCUCACAAAGCUUCGGACUGGCCUUCCAAAUACAAUUCUCUCCAGCAUCUUCAAUCUUUCACUUAAUCAGAUUCAAAGAAUAACUCCAUCUGUAAGAGAGGCUCUUAUGGAAAACUUUGUCCCCAGACAUCUUGGUUUCCAACACAUUAGCCACCAGGAACUAUGCUUGCACCAUAUUACUCCAAUUGCCAGAAAGCUGUUCACCAGUGAGGAUAACCAAGACCAAGCUGUACUCAUCCUUGAUGGUACCUACAUCUACAUACAAAAGAGCAAUGACUAUGAAUUUCAGCGGCUUUCCUACAGUCUCCAUAAAAACCGCCCAUUAGUGAAACCAAUGAUGGUUGUAGCUCCUGAUGGGUAUAUCAUAAGUGUUCUGGGACCAUACCUGUCAGACUACCAUAACAAUGAUGCUAGCAUAACAAAACAUAUGAUCUCACAGAAUGCUGAAGACAUCCAAGAAUGGUUGAAAGAGGAUGAUGUGGUGAUUGUCGAUAGAGGAUUUCGAGAUGCAGUCACAUUCAUGGAAGAAAAUGGUCUUCAGAUACAUAUGCCAUUUUAUCUACCAAGGGGAAAGAAACAACACUCCACAACUGAAGCCAACAUAUCUCGGAUGGUUACAAAAGUAAGAUGGGUUGUGGAAAGUGUCAAUGGUAGGCUUAAACAGUGGAGACUCCUUGAUAAAGUAGUUCCAAACAAACUUCUUCCACAAAUAGGAGACUUUGUCCGCAUUGUAUGCGCUCUGUGCAAUAAAUUCAGACCCUGUCUUGGGAGCAUGGAUCCAGAGUCAUCGGAAAUUGCAACUAAAAUGUUGGAAAAAGCAGAUAUGCCAAAUACAGUCCAAACUCUGGUAGAAGAAAACAACCUUUUGACUCGUCGUGCUGUAUACUCAGCCAUUGAAGCCUCCUCAGACCAGCUGGAUAAUUUCCCUGUUCUCUCCCUUGAUGAUAUGCGUACCAUCACACUUGGAAUUUAUCAAAUAAAGCAUGCAGAAAACUACUCGAGGGAACAUUUAAAAGAUGGAGGCAGUUACGAAAUCAUGGUAUGUCAUGACUUUCCUUUUCUCUUAAGAGUUAAAAUUCAGUCUCGACACUCAAGGAAUAUUCUACAUACUCUGUGGAUUAAGUAUGACUCUGAAAAAGAAGGUGUUGAUUCUAUUUGUGGUUGGUACUGUACUUGCAAAUGUGGAGCAAGAAUAGUUGGUUGCUGUGCUCAUGUGUCAAGUGUGUUGUGGUUUCUUGGUUGGAAACGACAUCAGAGUGAUGAGCCCUUUGCAUCUGGAUCUGGGCCCAAACGCCAUUUUCUGAAUGCAGCUCAUCUGGAGGACUCUGACAGUGACACAGUUGAAGAGUAGUACUGCUUAAUUGAAUGUAAGUGUAAGAUAUUGUGACUUAAUUCUGUGAUGGCUUUCUCCUAUUUAUUUCAUUUGAAGAAAUUAUGUUAGUUUUUAUGAUAUUUGCAAAAGAGAUGUCAUGCAGAAUUAGUUUUAAUCUUUAUUCAGUGAUUUGAAAAUGUUUCCAUAUUGCAAAUUUAAUUGCAUUUGUUGGAUAUAUAUGUAUACAUCUGAUGUAUUCAACUCAAGAAAUCAUUUUGAUUGUACAAAAUGUUAAAAAUAAGUUGUUACUGUCAUGAUAAUUCUAAUGAAUAUAGUGAAUUAUUUCCUUGUAACAUAAUUCCAAAUGUUCUUUUAAAGUGUUAGUGUUUAGAAUUUGAAUGAAUGAACAAGUACCGGUAUUUAUGUAUGAAUUAUAUAUUUUGUUCUAUCAAUUCUUUAAUGUCGAUGAAUUAAAGUAUUUUUUAAAGUUCAAUAAUUAUAUGAAUUUAGUUGCAAUGUAUGAAUUGGCUGAUAGGAGAUUUUGGAUUAUUAAGUAAUUUUGGGUUUUAAUGUUGUCUUGAAUUGUUGCUAUAGAACUGU